GUGAAACUGAAAGGACACAAUGGCCAAAAGUACUAUGAGAACGUGAAAUCAUUUGUAGUUCUUAAAGAUGUUUUUGUCAGGUGUUUUUUCAAGGGUGUGGUAGGAUGGCUUCAGGGUGCUGGGAGAAGCUUGGGUGGGGCUAAGACACCUGGUUUUACAGGUCAGACUAAACCUUGUCAAAAGAUGAGUUCAGUGGGAAUCCUUCAUGGCUGGGUGGCUGGGAAAUGAUUAAACUAUUUGAGAGAACAAGACAGCUGAAACAACAGCCCUGUCCUUCGGAAACGGAGCACAUCACUCUUCACAUCAGAGGUGUGAAGUAUGAAUGAUGCCACAGAGGGAUCAGGCAGGUUAGGAGCAAACAAGGACACGAUUCCAGCCUGGGAGUUCUCUGAAGAGGAGGGGGGGAAGCACUCCCUGAGUGCUCGUGUGUGUGUCCAAAAAUCCCGGCAGCUCUGGCUCAGCAGGGGAGAUGAGUUGUGCGCUGUCCUUGGGGAAGGAGGUGUCGAUAGUAAAGGAGAGGAGGCGACAGCAACCCAGGCGUUUAUUUGUCCCGCUUCCUGCUGUGACGCUGCUCUCGGCGGCCAGGGCGGGUUUUUCGAUUGAAAGAGAAAAGGGCUUUUCUGGGCUGCGGGGCCGCGGUGGGUUCGCUCCGUGCGCCCCAGCGGGAGCGGCUCCCGAUCCCGAUCCCUGUCCCGGCGGGGAUUCCCUCGGGAGCGGGGGCAGAGGGGCCGGCCCGGCCUCACAUGACGGCGGGGGCGGGUCGGGCCCCGCCGCUCCCGGAGCUGCUCCUGCGGCUCCUGCGCUCGCCUUCCCAGCCGGUCCCGCGGCUCCGGACAGAGCGCUCCGGUCACCGCGGACAGAGCGCUCCGGGCACUGCGGGCCGGGCACUCCGGCAGAGAGCUCCGGGCACUCCGGACAGAGCGCUCCGGUCACCGCGGACAGAGCGCUCCGGUCGCUCCGGUCGCUCCGGACAGAGCGCGCCUGUCCCGCGGGGCUGCAUCGCGCUGUCCCCUCGCUCCUCUCCGCUGUCCCCUCGCUCCUCCCCGCUGUCCCCCGGCUCGGGCCGGGCCAUGGCCGCCCCGCUGCCCCCCACGCCGCUGUUCGCGGCCGAGCGCGGGGCCGUGCUGGUGUCGUGCGCGCUGUCCUGCGUGGGCUCCGCGCUGCUGCUCUGCACCCACGCGCAGUGGCCGGAGCUGCGGACGCGGCCGCGGCAGCUGCUGCUCUACCUGUCCCUGGCGGACCUGCUCUCGGCCCUCUCCUACUUCUACGGGGUGCUGCAGGACUUCGAGCGCACCUCGUGGGACUGCGUGCUGCAGGGCGCCCUGUCCACCUUCGCCAACACCAGCUCCUUCUUCUGGACCAUGGCCAUCGCCCUCUACCUCUACCUCACCAUCGUCAGGGGCUCGCCCACGGGCACGGGCUUGCUCUGGUGCUUCCACGCCGUGAGCUGGGGCGUCCCCCUGGCCAUCACGGUGGCGGCUGUGGCUCUGAAGAAGAUCGGCUACGACGCCUCCAAUGUUUCUGUGGGCUGGUGCUGGGUCAACCUGGAUGCUGAGGAUCGGCUCCUGUGGAUGCUGCUGACGGGGAAGGUCUGGGAGAUCCUGGCCUAUGUGACCCUGCCAGUGCUCUACAUCCUCAUCAAGAAGCACAUUAACAGAGCACACGCCGCGCUCUCCGAGUAUCGGCCCAUCCUCCCGGGAGCCCCGGCCCUGCAGCCCCGCACCUCCAUAGCAGACAAGAAGCUCAUCCUCAUCCCCGUCAUCUUCAUCUUCCUCCGCAUCUGGAGCACAGUGCGGUUCAUCCUGACCCUCUGCAACUCCCCCGCCGUGCAGAACUCCGUCCUGGUUGUCCUGCACGGAAUUGGAAACACGUUCCAAGGAGGAGCCAACUGCAUCAUGUUCGUGCUGUGCACACGGGUGGUCCGGGCUCGGCUGCUCUCCCUCCUUUGCUGUGGUCACUGUGACGAGCUGGACUGGCCUGUGCAGGGAUCCAACAGCUCCUGGCAGCGCCCACGGCCCCACAAGGACAAGGAUGUGCCCGGCCCCGAACAGACGAAGCCGCUGCUCUCCAGCACCUGAGCUGCCUCUGUCUGCUGCUGAUUCCUUCUCUCAUGGUGCGGGAUGGAGCCAGAGCCCCACAGAGGGAGCUACAGCCCGGGGAAAGCGCCGCUGGAGAGGCUGAGCCGAGGAGAGGUCCCAGCCUUUGCUCUUCAGCUGUGCUCAGGAUGCUCUGCGACAGGCUGUACUCCGGUUUCCUGGUUUAUCUCCCUUCCUUCCCCUCACCCUCCACUGUAAAAACUUGUUUGGGGUUUUGCUUUGGGGUUUUUGAGGCCGAUGUGUGGUGAGUUCUGAGGUGAACAAACACCGUGGGGAAAACUCGAGGAGCUGCUGGACCGACUGUCCUGGGCAUGGACUUCAGUCGUGGGGUGUGAGCCUUCCCGGGAGCCCCAGCCUGGCUCCUGCUCUUCGCCUGAACGUGGGCAGCACCGUGCUGACAAGUUUGGUUUGAGCUGGUGCUGGACAGACGGUUCCUCUGGAUGGUUUAUCCCUGCUCCUCGGUGGUUGGGGGCCGCUGUCUGUGGUGGCAGCACGGGGGCAUCUCCUGAAGGAAUCGGAGCCCUCCAGGCUCCCUUGGUGCUCAGGGAUAUCGGGAUGUACCCCCAGGGACAGCCCCUGCCAGGAGCAGGACAGAGCCUGGCUCUGAGCCCCAGAGGUGCUCUGCUUUGUCCGUGCCUUGGGAGUGUUGUAUCGGACUGGGGAGGGCAUGGGGCUUUGUUUGCUGUUCGGAGAUAAUGUUUUGCCUUAUUCACAGCUCCUCACUUGCUUGGUUUUUAAGUAUUUUCUCCAAGUUUUACAAAAUAAAGUUCUGUUUCUUCACCAGGA